UCGAAACGCAGUACGGCUGGAACACGAAAACGCGCUCGAAGCGUUUGCGCGCGCAAAAGCUCGAUUGCGUGCUCAAAAGCGUCAGCUGGAAAGCGGCUUUUAUUAUUUGCAAAGAAUUUAAAAAAAAACAAGGAAAGUCUGGACUGCCCGAAUCCCAUUUACACUUAUCAUUCGGCGAACACCUAUUUUUUUUGAGCAUUUUGACUGACAAAUCUGGAAUCUCGGAAAACAGUCGUCCUGCUCUUGCUCGUUCCGUUUGGCUCGGAGAAACGUCUACUCUACUCUACCCUACGCGAGUUCGCCUUGUUUAUUCGGUUCGGUUCAUUCGGGUUAAAAUGAUCGAGUGUGCACCCACCUUAACAUUCUCACCGUGGCGCGAAAAAGGUGGGUUAGGUUUUUGUUUUUCGUAGAUAUUUAAAAAUUUUCCUCUUAUUCAUAAGCUCAAUUAAUUAUGGCAAAUCAAGAGCAAACCCUCAAAGCUUUCGCCGUGCAACUAUUCCAAAUCGAUGCAAUUAAAUUCGGCGAGUUUAAAACCAAAGUGGGGCUCAUGACACCCGUUUACUGCGACUUACGUGUAAUCGUAAGCUAUCCGGAUGUUAUGAAAACCUUGGCCAACCUUUUGGAACAACAAAUCAAAGACAUUACAAAUGUGGAUAUUAUUUGUGGGGUCCCCUAUACAGCCCUACCGAUUGCCACUGCUGUGUCUUUGAAUACAGGCCUGCCCAUGGUGAUGAGACGUAAAGAAGCUAAGGAUUAUGGUACCAGAAAACUAAUUGAAGGUGUUUUCAAAGAAGGAGAUAAAUGUUUGAUAGUUGAAGAUGUAGUUACUUCGGGUAGCAGCAUUUUGGAAACAGUCAAGGAUCUACAAAAUGAAGGUAUCAAGUGUUCAGAUGCCAUUGUGCUUUUGAAUCGAGAACAAGGGGGUGCGAAUAUUUUAAAAAAUAACGGCAUCAAUAUGCACGCCCUAUUAACUCUAUCUCAACUAAUCAGCUAUUUGAUUGAAGCUAAGUGCAUCGAUGUUGCUACUAAUGAGAAAGUUAAACAAUAUUUAGCUGAAAACCAAGUAAAAGAUGCUGUUUUGCCUGCAAUUAAUCGGUUGAAGUUAUCUUACCAGGAACGGGCUAAACUUACUAAAAAUGUUGUAGCUGAAAAACUAUUUCAAAUAAUGUCAACAAAACAAACUAAUCUUUGUUUGGCCGCAGAUGUAACUGUUGCUAGUGAUUUGCUUAAUUUGGCUGAACAAGUAGGGCCUUAUAUUUGUGCCUUAAAAACCCAUAUCGAUAUUAUUGAGGAUUUCAGUAGCAAUCUUUUAUCGCCUUUAAAGGAAAUCGCUCACAGGCACAAUUUCUUGUUGUUUGAAGAUCGAAAGUUUGCCGAUAUUGGUAAAACAGUGGAAUUACAAUUUAGCAAAGGCAUACACCUGAUUUCUUCGUGGGCCAGUUUGGUGACUGCGCAUUCUUUAUUGGGAAAAGGAGUUUUGGAUGGCAUCAAGGCAGCCUCGCUUGACUCGUGCGGAGUAUUUCUCUUGGCAGAAACCAGCGCCGCCGGUAGCCUUAUAACAGAAUCAUACACAAAAUCAACCGUAAAACUAGCCUCUGAUUAUCCGCAGCUAGUGGCAGGAAUUGUUUGCCAAAACAAUUUGUUCCUCGACAAUCCGGGCCUCAUUCAAUUGACACCUGGAGUGAAUAUUAACAAGACGUCUGAUAACAUGGGGCAGCAGUACAAUUCCCCGGAAUUUGUUGUUGGGAAAAAAGGGGCUGACAUUGCCGUGGUUGGAAGAGGCAUUACGGAGGCCAAGGAUCCUGUUGAAACUGCCAAGUUGUAUAGGAAUUUGUUGUGGGAGGCUUAUACUAUGCGACUUAAGUGAUAUUUGCAUGGAUUUAAUUUUUGUUACAUACAUUCCGUUAUUAAAUUAGUUUAUGUAUCAUUAAUUGAAUUGUUUUGUUUUAGUAUUAAUGAUUAAAAUUUCGUUUUACACAGUACUUGAUGGUAAACCAACACCAUUUGGCUACGAUUGUCAUUUGUGCCUUUUUGCAUACCAAAAAUUGUAAAGUGCCAUUCGGUUUUACCAGAAUAUUUGCACAGAGACAAAUACAAACAACAGAAAGUGCAAAAAAAUCCAAAUCACAUUUAUUUCUCAUUCAACCAUUAAGAAUUCAAAUAAAUCUUUACUUUCACCAACAAACUAUCAGUAUUAAUAAAAUCAUCCAACAUUUCAGAUUCUAUUUUAAAUAUCCUAUCUUCGUUUUUCACCCCAUACAAUAUUUUAGAUGAAAUUUUAUUUUGUGCAGAAUUUUGGCCCAGAAACACUAUUUUGUGCUUCUUUAAAAAAGAGUUACUAUCAGGCUUAAGAACUAUUCCGACAUAGUCGUUGUUAUAGUUUGGGUAGAAUUGCAUGUAGAGCGUAUGACCUAAAAUAAAUGAACUCUAGUUUAUAGUUGAAUAAUAAGAAAUAUUUACUUACCCAAGACAGACAUCGGUGGACUUGUAACAUAAAUAUCCCUUUUUCUCAGCAACUUUCUAAUAUCCAAAAUUUUCCAAUAAUAAUAAAAUAAGUCGCCUUCACUGCUCUCUAUUACAGUGUCAUUAAAAUUAACAAUCUCUUCAUUCAAAUCAAGAUUCUCAUUUAUUAAAUCAUAAUCAGUAUCUACUGGCAAUUCAGUUGUGGUAAUCUGUUUAGCAUCUGCAACACUUGAUUCUAAACUUUUGUACUGACUUUGAACCUCUCGCAGUCCCAAAACUCUUUUGAUUUGUUGCAAAUGGUCAUAAAGCUCAUCAAAACGCAAAUUUAAAUCUCCUAAAAUAUACUUGAGCAAUGAGUCUGGAUUUUCGAAACUUUCACUUACUUGUAGAACAAACUCCUUUUAGCUGACGUGUAAUAGUAGCCUUGGCAGUAGCUUCUAUUUCUUUGGUAAAUACUUUACACACUGCAUGUUGUGUCUCUAUUGGAGUGUUAUCUAAUAUUAUGUUGUUUUAAACUUGGAGCAAAAAAUAAUUAAGUACAUACCUGUUGCUGAUAAAGGUAAACUAAAAACACAUUCCACUAAAAAAAAUAGUCGGAAAAAAAUCAACGCCAUUCUUACUUAGAUUCUAAGAUGUUAAUGUUUUAAAAUUCCCAAAAAUAGUUUUACGACUUAUUAGAAGUUACAGCAAUCUGUAUGGUGUCCCCAUUAUAUUGUUUUAUAGGCAGUAAAAGUUAAAUGUAGACUACUGAAUAUUCAGGUUGUAUCAAGCAUGAUCUGGGUUAGCAGCCCAAUAAUGAAAACGUAUGUUAUUUGUUACUAUUUUAUAUGGAGGGUAUUUAAUCAAUAUGCCACAUUUCAAGAAAAACUGUUUCAUGUUAAAGACGUUAAUUAUCUGUCUAGUUGCCAUGCGCCCAAAAGCAUUUCUGAUAAUUUUGGCCAUUUGAUGCACAUAAGAAAAAAAGAUUAAUUAACUGCCUGGAAUUUCCUUAUUUAAAAACAAUUGUUCAAUAGAAAUAAUAUAAUAAAAUAUUCACGGUCAAGCGUGUCAGGUUACCAAAAGUGUCGACCUUAUACUAUUCCGAAACAUAAUAGGUUCAUGUCGUAACAAGGUUAGAGAAUUAAAUAUUUGGAAAUUAUGACAAAUUAUUAUUAAUAGUUAUUUAUACACCAAGUGAGUUAAAUGAAUGUUUAUUCAUGAGAAGAAAGUUUAACCCAACCUUCGAAUGAAUAAACAUUUUAACUCACGUGAUGUAUACAAAAUUUUAUCCCAUUUUGAUGGACAUUUGAAAAAUAAGGUACUUAAUAGGAAUCAAAAUUAUAAAAAGAAUUCAUUUAGCGAGCGCAAAUCUUAUGUUGAAACUGGUAGUUGCUAGGGUAUUACUAGUUGUUUGUUUGUAUUUGUAGCAGAUUUUUAUACUAGCAGAGUGACUUAAAGACCGAGAGUGAGUUAAAAAUAUUUUAAGUCACUCAGGUGAUAAACGUCUACUUACCUUUGUUAUUAUGCGUUCAAUAAUGUCAUUUUUAAACGUCAAAAUGGGAUAAAAUUAUUUUAUUCUAUCGCGAAUGGUAAACUAUCAUUUAAUCGACUCAAAACUCAAUGUUAAAGUAACACAUUGUUUGAAGUAGUGAAAUCGAACAAUUUUUACCCACUCAUUUGUCAAUUUUACCCACUCAUACGUCAAUUUUACCCACUUGUUCAAAUCUUUUAUAAUAAUUAUAGUGUUUUUGACAGAAAUCUGAUAUGUGACAUGAUUGACAACACCAGAAAUGUGUCAGUUUGUUAGGUACUUUGUCAAUUUGUCAUAAUCUAUGUAAAAUUUUAGCACAUUUUAGUUUAUGAUCUUAGUAAUUGUGAUAAAUAAAAUGUUGCUCAAGAAUAAAAUAGAAUAUUACACACGAAGGUAAAAAAGCUUUACCUGUUCGUGGAAUUAAUCCACUCGCUCCUUCGUCGCUCGUGAAUCAACAUUUUCCGCUCACAGGUAAAGCAUCUUUUUACCGUCCUGUAUAAUAAAUAACUGUUGACAUAGAUUAAUAUAAAUUGUGAUAUUUUUACCUAAUAAAAUCAGUAUUCAACUAUCAUCGUUGUCUUACUCAAACUACUACGGUUAAGCCAUUUUCCAUGAAAUCUAUAGUGAUGCUGCUAUAGAGUAGCAGCGAACAAAGAAGUUAGGGGAGUCCCCUACGUCUUUUCAUAUCAUUCCAUAAAACUAGGUGUUGUGUUGUGUGUCUUCUGAAACUUUAGUUUGGUUCAGCAGCCAGGAAAAAUAAAACCCUUUUCCAAAAUUUCCUGAAUAAUUUCAUUUAUUAAAAUCACCCAAUAUAUUCUGAAUAAAAAGUUUCAAUAAUUGAAACAAUUUGAAUUAUUUAAACUUACUUCACAAGUAAAACCUGAGAUCCUAAUUUUGUCUACUCCCAUUUAUCUCACAAUUUACAUUUAUUUCCUUUCCUAGAUAUAUUAAUGUAGGGUUGUACUAAGGGAUGCAUUUCAUGGGAACUCUUGAACACCGUUAUAUCAUUAAUAACACUUGGCAGUGUUGCAGUAACAGCCAAUUCUGAAUCUACACCGUUAUGUUUGUCUGCCUCUUUUUCUAAGUCGAUGCCAGCACCUCCUUCUGCCACAGAAAUUAUAUGAACUGAUAGUUUCUUACGUCUUUUUGCC